AUGUGUGAUGCAUUUGCUACCUCCAUUGCAUCAAAUCUUGUGUCGAAACUCGGUGAGUACCUGUUUGGUCCCAUUGGACGUCAAUUUGGGUAUGUCCUAUCCUACAAGAGCAAUGUUAAAGAUCUCAAGAAAGAAGUCAAUGAUCUGAAGAAUGCAAGGGAAAGGGUGCAAUCCUCCGUCGACAAAGCCUUGUAUGACAGGAAACCUAUAUUCACUGAUGUUAAGGAUUGGCUGAAAAGUGUGAAGAAUGAGGCUGAGGAAGCAGAAAACCUAUUAAGAGAUGGCGAAAGUGCCAAAGAUGCUUGCUUCCGUGGGUGGCUUCCCAACCCUGUGGUGCGCCAUUCAAUUGGCAGGAAGGUGAAGAAGAUGACUCAAGUCAUUAAAGAACUCCAUAAGAAAAAUAACUUCCCGGAUGUCCACUACGACCAUCCUCCGAUAGGAAUCGUCACUGCUACCACUUCCACGAGAUCUGCUGACAAUAAUGAAGAUGUCCUAGAGUCAAGGGCUUCAUUCAUAGAGAAGGUAAUUAAGGCUAUAGCUUAUGACAAGGUAUGUGUGGUUGGGGUGUAUGGACCAGGUGGGGUAGGCAAGUCUAAGGUUUUGGCGGACAUUGAAAGGCGAGCAAAGAAAGAGAAGCUAUUUGAUGUGGUUGCCUUAGCAGAAGUAUCACGCAAUCCAGAUCUAAGAAGAAUCCAAGGAGAAAUUGCUUAUGCAUUGGGUCUAAAUAUAAUGAAUGAGGAAACUACUCAUGGGAGAGCAGAUCUUUUGUGCAGGAGAUUAGAGAGUUAUUUUGAGAAAAGAAUUCUCAUAAUUUUAGAUAAUAUGUGGACAAAGUUAGAGUUGAAUGAAGUUGGAAUCCCUUGCAGAUAUGAUAAUAAAGUAAAAGGCUGCAACCUAUUGAUAACAUCUAGAAAUCGAGAAGUUUUGAGCAUUGACAUGUGCUCUGACCAAGACUUUCGACUCAAUGAGUUAAAUGAUGGAGAAGCACGAAGACUUUUUGAAAGGACGGUGGGGAAGAGAGUUAAUGAUCCAGACAUUAAACCCUGGGUAGAUGGAGUGGUCAAGAAUUGUGGAGGCUUGCCACUUUUGAUUGUUUCUUCGGCAAAAAGGUUGAAACAUGGAGAGUUGGCUGCAUGGAGGAAUGCUUCGACCCAUAUAGAUGUGUCGGAUGUAAAAUCAAUAGCUGAACUAAAUUACAAUGAAUUAGGAGAUGAGAGGAUCAGAAAAUUGUUCUUGGUUUGUGCUCUAUACUCUAGCAGUAUUCACAUGAGAUGUAUCCUUGCCUACAGCAUGGGUUUGGAUUUAUAUAAACAAUUCAGCAUGACCAUCGAAAGCGCUAGAUAUAGGUUGGUCCUGGAUUUACGUUGCUUGCAAAACUCUUCUUUGUUAUUAGAUAGUGAUGACAUUGAAGACCUCAAAAUGCAUGACAUAUUUGUUGAUAUGGCCAUCUCUAUUACUUCCACAGAGUGGAAGGCCUUGAUUGGGAGGAAAGAUUAUGGGUUUAAAGAAUGGUCAAAGGAUGACCUCAGCAAAUGCACCGCGAUAUCCUUCCCUUUUGUGGGCAUUGAUAAGCUUCCAGAGAAAUUAGAUUGCCCAAACUUGAAGAUGUUUCUGUUAGCCGAAGACAACGAGUCUCUCAAAUUUUCUGAUUCAUUUUUUGAAUCUACGGAGAAGCUCCAAGUCUUGGACUUGACUUGCUUAUCUUUCACUUCUCUACCUACGUCGAUUAAAUUACUUGAAAACCUCAAUUCGUUGUAUCUUGAUUACUGCCAUCUGGAGGAUGUGACUGUUCUUGGAAAGCUGAAAGGAUUGCAAUUCCUAAGUUUCCACGGAUCUAUAAUCGCUCGGCUGCCCAAAGAAAUAGGUGGACUAACAGAAUUGAGAUUUUUGGACUUAAGAGAGUGCUUCAAGCUCCAAAUUAUAGAACCUGGCGUGCUUGAAAGCUUGGUUAAUUUAGAAGAACUGUAUAUUGACGGAUUUUGUCAAUGGGAGGCCGAGGAUGAAGCACCGCGAAGCAACGCCAACCUGGCUGACUUGAAGAACAUGAAAAAGUUGAGAACUUUGCACAUUACCAUUCCUCAUUCUACCAAUUUCUCAAGCAACCUGCCAUUCGGGAAUCUAAAAGAGUAUAAAAUCCAAAUUGGGGCAAUUGCGCAUGGGUGCAAUGAAUACAAAGAAUCCAGAAGUUUAAAGCUCAAUUUGGAUUCUGGCAAUCUUCUCCGUGAAGUGUGUAUGCAGGAAUGUUUGGGGAGAACGCAAGAUCUCUGCUUCGAUGGAUUGCAAGAUGACAGAGAUAGCAUUCACGACUUGUGCACCAAAGGUUUUCAGGAAUUGAAGCAUCUUUGUGUAAAAAAUAACCUCUCGUUUCAGUAUGUCGUUGGCUCCACACAAUCCACUGGAUUUAUGAGACUGGAAUCAUUGGUUCUACAGAAUUUGAACAACUUCAAGAAGAUUUGUCGCCAUUGUCUUACCCCGGAAUCCUUUAGCAAAUUAAAGAUUGUGAAAGUGGAAAACUGUGAUGAAAUUAAACAUUUGUUUCCUUCAUCCAUGACAAGAAUAUUCUUGCAGCUAGAAGAGAUUGAAAUAACUGGAUGCAACUUGAUGCAGCAUAUUGUCGCAAAUGCCAAGGUAGAAGAUUACAUAGAUGAAGUAGAUAAUGAUGCCAAUGUGAAGUCAUGCAAGUUGCGUAGGCUAACGUUACAAGACUUGCCAAAGAUGACGAGCUUCUGUAAAACCGAGGACCACUCAGUCGUAUUCCUGGAUGGGCAACAGGUAAAUUUCAUGCUUUCUGAAAGAAUCAUGUUCCCAUUCAUCCGGACCAUCCUAGUUGGAGGAAACCUUCUCCGACUAGUCUUCUGA